CACUGAUUCGUUCAUCAACCGCCUUCACUAUGAAUUAUUCAGGAAUUUUUGUCAUUCUUGUUAUUGUCAACAUGGCUGAUGCCUCGUUUUCGCGUUCAAGUGUCUACUAUCGACGAGGAACACGUGGGCAGAGUGGAAAUACGGGUAGAACUGGUCCCACGGGGUACACUGGGGCAACAGGCGUCCCAGGGCCAACAGGGGAUACUGGAGACACGGGAACAGUGAAAGGUUACACUGGUGCAAUGGGUCCCAUUGGUGAAGGUGGGAACACGGGUUCAAACGGCGCUGCUGGUGACAAAGGAUACACGGGAUUAAAAGGAUACACCGGCGAAACCGGAGCGCAAGGGAUCACUGGCAUGACUGGGGUGGUUGGUAUACCGGGUGAUAGAGGUGCUCGUGGACAGAAUGGCGAGAAAGGGCCUUCAGGUAAUCAAGGAUCUAAAGGAACCUAUGGUAUUCCCGGGUCUACCGGCACAAGAGGAGUUACUGGAUAUACGGGUAACACAGGAAAUACUGGAGAUACUGGAAGCCAAGGGCAGAUGGGCUCAACUGGAAAUACGGGAAGUACAGGUGUCGUGGGUAGCGGUGGAGUCGAAGGAACACAAGGCGAUACAGGACCUCGUGGGGACCAAGGAAAUCAAGGGACUACUGGGGGACAAGGGAUGACUGGUGGUACUGGCGGAACGGGGGCCACCGGAACAAAAGGUGUCGAGGGGACAAAAGGCGUGAUAGGCACCAAGGGAGUGUCUGGUACUCAAGGAAUUCAAGGAACACAGGGGGAAAUAGGAACCCGGGGACCGAUAGGAAACACAGGCUCUACAGGGGAGACAGGGAACACUGGGGCAACAGGAUCCACUGGCCAAACUGGCCCAAGUGGGCCUGGUCUGAGUCAGUUCUGCAACUGGGCGGCGAGAAACUUUAACGUCGGCCAACGAGUCAGGGAUGUGUGCGGCUCACUUGGAUUCACAGGCGCCAUUCCAUAAUCACCGUUCGAAAGAUUGCAAAACUGUUAACGUAUUUUUCUGUGAAUAAAAUAUAAUCAAUU